AUGGCUGUUGAUCAUGGCAGCCUCUUCUCUAAAUCUUUGAUUCGUCGAUUCGAUUCCAAUCAGGUGAUCGCCGGAGUGGGUGCCGUGCCGGAGCCACCGGCAAAGCUGAAGCUCUACUCCUUCUGGCAAAGCUCGUGCUCGCAACGCGUCCGCAUCGCCCUCAACCUUAAAGGCGGCGCACUGGGACUGGAAUACGAGUACAGGCUGGUGAAUCUCCUCGCAAGCGAGCAGUCAGACCUAGAAUUUGAGAGGUUGAACCCAAUCAAGUAUGUUCCGGCAUUGGUGGACGGUGAAACGGUCAUCGCAGAUUCCUUUGCGACCUCGGUUUACCUUGAGGUCAUGUACCCCCAGCAUCCUCUGCUACCACAAGAACCCCAGAAGAGGGCACUGAAUAUCCAGAUUGCAAGCAUCGUCGGUUCAAGCAUUCAACCGCUCCAAAACUAUCCUGUCCUUAAUUUCAUAGAGGAGAAGUUGGACUCAAACGAGGCGAUUAAAUGGACCAAGCAUCAGAUCAACAGGGGCUUCAAAGCUCUUGAGAAGCUGCUGAAAGGAUGCAACACUACAUAUGCCACAGGAAGUGAAAUCCAGCUGGCAGAUUUAUUUCUCCAACCCCAGAUAUAUGGUGGUAUUAAGCGCUUCGGAAUUGAUAUGUUAAGUUACCCUGUCCUGGAAAGGCUCCAUGAAGCUUAUAUGGAACAUCCUGCAUUCCUAGCUGCAUUGCCAGAGAAGCAACCAGAUGCGCCUUUCUCCUGA